CUUUGUUGUUGUUGUUUUAUCGUUUUUAACGCUCGACUUCUGACAUAAACAUUUGUGGAAUGGUGUAUAAAUGUUUCACUAGCGUCGAUGUGAAAAUAGUGUAAGCAAUAUUAAGUUUCAAAACCAUCUGCAUGAGUUACGUAAAAGAAAACAAUGAAUGUUAGUGAAUAGUGCACACAAUUGGUUGAUAUCUUCCUGAGAAUCGGGAUAAUUAUUAUCAAAUGUUAAUGUAAAAUGGACCAAAUGCAUUGAACAUGUCAGCCUCAGAGCGGAAACCACUGCUUUCAAAUGGAAGUAGGGACGGAAGGGGGGAUGGAAGGGACACGCCCGGAAGAAGCGUUCAAAUUGAGAACGCGGAUACUCCCUCCCGCGAGGAUGCAGUGCGGGUCGGGAGCGCUCGCGCUCGCGGGGAGACACACGUGUACGCAACUCGCUGGUGGCUGCUCCUUGUCACCAGCCUGUGUGUUACCAUGCAGAAUGCCGUCUGGGGGACAUGGGGGCCGCUCUCCAAGUCGGCAAAGGUUGUGUACGGGUGGCACACGACCAUGCUGACGGUGGUGAUCAACUGUGGGAACGCUGGCGUCCUCCUGCCGCUCCUCGGAACCGGCUACCUCGUCAGCAGGAAAGGAUUACGGGUAUCAAUGUUGACGAGCAGUUUCUUGUUAGCAGUCGGGUCCGGUCUCCGAACUAUUUCAACACAGCCACUUCUUGGAACUAUCCUAGUGUGUGUGGGACAGUUCUGUAACGGUGCAGCCGGAAGUGUGCUGCAGGUUAUUCCUCCCGCCCUCUCAGAAACAUGGUUCCCUAGCAACGAGCGAACCACCGCCACCGCCAUCGCCGUGGUCGCCAACUCUUUGGGGUCCGUUAUAGCAUUCACAGUAGGUCCAAAUAUGGUAGACCAGCCUAAGAACACGAACUGGACAUUGUUGAACAGCACAUGUGACAAUUGUUCAGAAAGGUAUGAGAAAGAGGCUGAAAAUAUCACCCGGCAAACACGGACUUACUUGUUAAUUGAUUUUGGUGUGUGCAUAGCGAUGUUUGUGCUGGUGGCGGUGUAUUUCCCCGCCAAACCUCCACUCCCGCCCAGCAGGUCCGCCAAGGAGGAGAGGCUGGAUUACCGCACCGGGCUGAAGUCCGUCAUCACACAGCCAAGUUUACUUCUGUUGACGGCUGUUUUUGCCGUACCGUGGGCUGUUUUGGCCAACUGGAUGGGGCUGAUGUCUGUUAAUUUCGGAAAUAUAGGUGUAUCUCAGAAAGAGGCGGGCUUCUUUGGUAUGUAUGCAGCGUGUGGUGGACUUGUCGGCGGGAUCCUGAUAGGAAGAAUAGCGGAUCGAUUCCCUAGAAGGCUGAAGCAGUUCAUUGUCGCCCUGUUUAUAUUGACACUCCUGGUUGUCGCCUGGAUAACAUGCAUGAGAAACGCGUAUAUACCUAAGUCUUUAGCGUUAUUGGCGGUAGGGGUUACGGUCAUCGCUUCGUUGAUGAAUGGGGCGUUGCCUCUGUGUUACGAGUUGGCGUGUGAGAGUGGCUUUCCUAUCCAUGAGGGGAUCGUCUCCACAUUCAUCAGCAUCGCCAUCAACGCUGCCGCCGUCAUAUUUCUCCUCGUUCAACUCGUGCCAAGCAUUGGAGUAGAUUGGAUGAACUGGACAUUUGUGGGAGUUAUGGGGCUGUCCGUGUUGUGUCUCCUGCCCCUGGAGGUCAGAUACAACCGCAGCAACAUGGACGAUAAAACCGCGCGGGCGGGACCCGACCUCCGGGAGACGUUUACUUGAGCAGACUGGAUGAUCUACAAGCUCACAUCUUAGAAAUCAAACGAAUACUAUGCAUGCUCGUAUAGUGCACUGUGUACAUGCCAGCACUCAAAAGCUUGUGGACACUGAUACGACUGGGACAGUAUUCGAAAUAACGUACGGAUAAUGUAUUCAUACACCGUGAAGACAUUUAAAGGAAUUACAAUUAACGAUUUAUGUGAUAGCAAUUCUAACAGUCGUUCAUUUUUGUUUUAUAAAUACUUGUAUAUAAGUGUUUUGAGUGCUGUAUGUUAAUGCAUUUUAGUAUUUAUAAACGUACGAACUAUACAAUGUUAAGUUUAAAGUAUUUAUAAAGCUGGUAAACCAACAUACACCAAAGGGAAAUAAAUCGUACAACUAUCGG